AUGACGCAACAACGAGAGGGUGAUGUUGGUGUUUUCAGUGCGCCUUCUUUGAUCCAAGUCCCGAUCGGCGACAGCGGCGAACACGUCUCGAUCGACCCGCACAAUCUCUCGCAAACGAACGUGGAGGACAUUCUCGGCGUCCUCCAAUCGGAAUUGGCCCCGUUGCGAGUGUGGUUGGAGUGCGCGAAAGCGUACUUGGCCGAGGAUAACGAGGAGGCGUUUUUGGAGAUAGUUGGGAGCGGGUGUUCGCCAGAAAUCGAACAGUACUACCCGAACGACGUGUACGGUCGCGCGAAACUUUUGUGCUGUUCGGCCGCGCACCAGGUAAACGUUGCCGCCAGAUUACGAUUAGGAGGAAAAGGAAAAGGAGGGCAAGCGAAUACUACGAACGCGCAAAGACGACAAGAACAUUUAACGCGAGCGGAUAAACUGCUCCAACGCGCGUUCGCGAUCGCGUCGAAAGAACAAGUGGUGGCCAUCACGAGAGCGCACUUGUUGUUCGAGAAAGGGGAAAAGCCAACCGCGGAGAAGAUUCUCGAUUCGGCGUUGGCGAUGAAGGACGGAGGGAGAGACAACGUGGCGGCGAUGUUAUGGAAAGCGAGGAGGCUGUUCGUGGAGGAAAGAAAAUAUUCGGAGAGUUUGACGUGGUAUAAGAGGGCGCUGAAGAUGCAUCCGCAAGCUCCUGCGGAGGUGAGGUUAGGGUUAGCUGCGUGUCACUUUGCGAUGAAAGAUUUCGCGAGCGCGAGGUUGGCGUUUGCGAGAGCGGCGGAUAUGGAUAACGAGUGCGUGGACGCGUACGUUGGGUUGGCAAAGUGCGAUUUAGCCGAGUUUGAGGAGGUUGGGACGAAAGAACACGCAGAGGCCGUGGAGAGGUCGGUGGAGAAUUUGUAUAAAGCGUUUGAGAUUGAUCCGACGAACCCGUUAGUAUCGUUGACGUUGGCGGAACAUUAUUUGUACUCCUCCGCUUCCGCCGGCACGUCUUCGGAGGAAUUGAAAAACAUCGAAACUUUAACGGAUGGGAUUAUUAAAAACGAGAAAGAAGCCAGCGUGUUUCGCGCGGAGGCGUUGUUUAUUCGAGCGCAAGCGUUCCACGCAUCCGGUAAUUUACCGAGCGCGUUGACGUAUUACCAAUCCGCGAUUGAUUUAGACAAAAAUUUUGCCGCGCCACACUUUGGCGUAGCGCAGAUUUUCUUGAAACAAAACGAUGCGUUCGAAGCGAAGAAACAUUGCGAGAGAGCGCAAUCGGCGUAUCCGGAAAGUUUAUUCGUGAAGAGAGCGUUUGGGAAGUUGUGCGCGGCAGUAGGUGAUUCCAAACGAGCCGUGGAAAUGUACGAUUUCGAUCCGUACAAGAGAGACGGCACGGAUUUUCAAACCAUGUUAGAGCUCGGAGAAUUAUUGGAACGUUCGGACGCAACGAGAGCGUUAGAGGCAUACGAGAAAGCGAUGAACAUUGCCAAGAAAGUUGGAGAUACCAUAGAUGCGGUGACGUUGAAUAACGUUGGCGUGUUGAGAGCUCGAUUGGUGACGAGUACAACCGGCGCCGAAAAAGAAGAUAAUCAAAACAACAAAGACAAAAAUAUUAGCAAGAAUGAUGACACCGACGUGAAGAACAAAGAAGCAUCUUUACACUCUUUGGAAGAUGCCCUCGAUAUUUUCUACCCGGAAGCUGCCCCGAACGUUGCUUCGAAACUUCAAAAAGGCGACAAGAAAGCUAUCGAUUUGGCGAAGAAACUUCCCGCGCCGGCGCGAGCGGUCGCGUUCAACUUGGCCAAAGCCGAAGAGAUUUUCGGCGAAGAGAAGAAAUCUUCGAGUUUGUUCGAGACUUUGAACAAGUCUAACCCGGACGAUAUCGACGUCGCGUUACGAAAAGCGAUCGAACUGUGCGAACGAUUCGGGGAUUUCGAAGGCGCUUUAACUAAAAUCACGGAAGCGUUGAAACGAAACCCGGGCAACGCAGACGCCGUCGCCACUAGCGGUUGGGUUUUAAUGAAGCAACGCAGAUGGAAAGAAGCUGAACAACAAUUCGAAGAGUUGAGAGAGUUACCGAGCGAUCUCGCCGAGGAGGAUAAGUUCCAUCUUCGCAACGCAGCUGGUGGCGGCGACGAGGCGAGCAAAAAAGAUGACGACAAAACGUUGAAGCUCGACGAGUACGCGUUGGUUUCCGCCGGCAACGCCGCGUACUACUCCGCGUUAAAAGAAGGUUUACACAAACGUUCCGAUCCGAAAAUCCGCCAACGAGAAGAUGAUCACUACAAAAGAGCCGAAUCGUUGUAUAAGAAAGCGCUGGUGAAAGAACCAACCAACGCGUUUGCGGCGAACGGUUUAGCCAUUCUCCUCGCCGAACGCGGUCGCAUGGACGACGCCAAGGCGGUUUUCACGUUAGUUCAAGAAUCUUUGGAGAUUGAAAACGCAGGCAUUGCCGGUACAUCUGCCUCCGCCGCCACCAAAAUCCUCUCUGAACUCCAAGCGGACGUCCUCGUCAACCUCGGUCACAUCGCGUUAGCGAAAGCGCAAUACGCCGCCUCGCUCAAAUUCUACGACCGCGCGCAGCAGGAAUUCUACCACGGCACGUCGCAUGAAAUCAUGCUCUUUCAAGCCCGGGCGCAUUACGAGAACCAAAAUUUGCUUCAAGCGAAGAAGACGUUACAGGAAGCGUUGCACAUCGCCCCGAUGAACCAUCGCGUUCGAUUUAACUUGGCGUACGUUGUCCAAGAACUCGCGCAGAGGUCGUUGAACGAUACGUUGAAAUCCGUCUCUUCGGAAGGUCGCGUCGCGAGAGUCGAGAAAGCUUUGGAGAACAUUCAAGUCGCGUUGCACAUGUUUACGCAACUGAAAGAGUUAGGGAACCAACCGAAAUUCGGUUUUGAUACGAAACGUACGACCGUGCACGCGAAUUUUUGCAAACAAGCUUUGGAAAAGUCCAAGCCGCACUUGGAGAAGGCGCACGCGGAGGAGGAAAAAUUGAUGAAGUCGAAGAAAGCGCAGAUGGAAGCGAGAAAAGCGCUGGAGGAAGGACGUGCGAAAGAGAAAGCGGCGAAAGCUUUGGAAGAAGAGCAAAAGAAACGAGAGUUGGAAGCGAUUGCCGCAGAAAGCGAGAGAAGAUUCAAAGAGACUCGCAUGCGCUGGGAAGCGAGAGCUCAAGCGAGGAGAGGCGGAAAGGAUUACAACCCAGAGGAUGGCGACGACAUGGAGGAUGGCGGCGAAGGCGCCGUCGUCGGCGGAGAAGGCGUUCCCAAGAAGAAAAAGAAGCCGGCGGCGAAAAAGAAGGAAAAAAAAACAAAGAAGCCAACGACGAAUGGUUCUUCGUCAUCCUCCUCGUCUUCGAGCGGCUCGAGUUCGGAUUCGGAUUCGAGCACUUCCUCGGAUUCCGACGACGACGUCGAUACCAAAACCGCCAAGGCGCAAGAACCGCAAACGGAAGAAGAGAAGGCCAAGUUGAAAGAGAACGCGAAAGCGGCUUUAGCCGCCGCGGGAUUAUUUGAUUCAGACGACGACGACGACGACAAGAAGGAAGAAAACGAUGCGCCUGGCGCGGCGUUCUUAGCCGCCGCGAACAAACGCAAAGAGCAAGAGAAGAACGUAGAAGAGGACGAGGACGAGGGAGAAAAAACCGCGGAAGAGGAGGAACCUUCAAAAAUUCGUCGCGUGAUGAUUGACGACUCGGACGACGACGAAUGA